AUCUCCUACACAGAUUGCAAGCGGUAGCUGGACUGCACUAUGGCAUAUCUGCUGCCGUACGUUUUGCUUGUCGUCUUUAGAGUAAGCAUAGGCAAUGGACAGCAGAUUGAGGUUAGAUACAGCAGUCUGGAUGUUGAAGGUCAAAUCCUCCCCGACCUUGUGAACGUGACCUUGACGACAGACACCAACACGACCCACCUGCAGCUGAACCGUGUUGAGUACAUUGACCUAGACAUCCCACUGUACUCACUCAGUGUCGACUCGAAUGGAACUUUUUCUCAGAGACGGGAGAGAUCACGUAACAGGAAGAACAUCGGCUACUACCAGGACGUUAAAAGUCAAGCCGUAUUUCAGCUCACACGGACUAACAGUGUCAGAGAGAGGAAGUCUAAGCUAACCAUCAUGGGGGAGUUCAAACAAAGCGAUGAGAAAUACUUCGUUAAACCGGAUGUGACGUCAACAGAACAAGCGACAACUACGACAAGUUCUCCUCUAGAUAAAGUUGUGUACAAGAUAAAACAAAACAAAAAACGACCAGCUAGUUUUAUGGAUUACGCCAUACCACCACCAGAAGUUUCUCUGACAAGACGGCAUAGAAAAAUGACAUGGGCUCGCAAAAAUCAACCCUUGAACGCUUCGUCGGACCAGUCCCCUCCACCCAAGCGUGACCGACGCGCGGCAGACUCGACCUAUUACAUUGACGUCAUCGCUGUUGUUGAUUAUGCUGCCUAUAGCCGUUUUUACCGGAAGUCUGACUCUAGAACAAAAGCAAUAGAUAACAUACGCGAGUACUACGCCUUUAUCUUCAAUGGGAUAGACCUGCUAUACCAGGGAAUAACAACAGCACCAUACAAGAUCAGAGUUCGUUUAAACAAGAUCUUUGUAGCUGAAACACCCUCGUCUUCAAAGUUUACAACUGACUACAGCACUCAAGGCUUGUUGGAUGCUGAUAAGGGUUUGCUCGCGUUUCGCUCUUUUGUAGGGGCCAGUGAUUUGUUACAAGCAUAUGACCAUGCAAUGCUGUUCACUGGAUACAACUUAAAAUCUGCAGACUCAGGCACAAGUAUAAUAGGUUAUGCUUAUCUUGGUACCAUGUGUCGGACUGACGGCUCUAGCACGUCCAUCAUUGAGGACAUGGCGGACUAUCAGGCCAGCAACACCGCUGCCCAUGAGCUGGGGCACAGUCUGUCAGCUCAACAUGACGGUGUGAGCAACAGGUGCACCGACACUUCCCGUUACAUUAUGGCGGCUUCAACUUUUGAAGAGACGCCAGACACGAUGUACAACCCUUGGCAGUUCUCUUCGUGCAGCGUCCAAUACUUCACGAAGUUCAUAGAGGAACAGUUAAAUACAAUACGAGGCUACUACUGUUUGACUAAAGUAAUUCCAAUAGAUCAAGAAGUCCCGUACGCAGGAGAUCAGCUUCCAGGACAAAUGUAUACACCCGAUCAACAGUGUCAAAUGAUCUACGGAGCCACAUCUAAUUUUUGCCGUAGCCUGUACUUGAAUGAUACAGAGGGAAUAUGCCGCAGUAUGUACUGCGUUAACCCAGAAAAUGCAAGCACAUGUGUGUCUUUAACAAAUGUCGCUGCUGUUAGAGGUACUACCUGUGGGAACGGCAAGAUUUGCAUUAACGGCCGUUGUGUGAUACAAGAUGGGGCCCCGCAAGCUGACGAGACAUGCAUGUACGGAGACCAGCCUGGAAGAAGUGAAGAUUUCUCGUCCUGUCAGGCGCAAGUGGCCAACUUCAAUGGAUAUUGUUACCGUGACAACGUAAGGGCAAAAUGCUGCUCCUCGUGCAAAGCAGUGAGAAAAACCAUAAGAAACUGCGAAUAUGAUGACUAUUAUGAUAACUGUGAUACAUCGGAUUGCUUAAGCCCAACAUUGAAAAUGCAAUGUUGCAAAACAUGUAAAAGUGGUGUUGCAUACACGACACGAACUACAAAAUCGACACCAAAAACCACUACAGCCAAAAUCUGUGUGGACAAUCCAGCAUUUACUUUUAGUGGUAAACAAUGUGCGUCUCUAGCUCAGAACUGGCCUAGCAUGUGUGACGAGGUGGAGGUCAAGCGCGCGUGUUGCGUGUCUUGUCAAAAGGUCAAUACUACAGUUGAUGCUUGUCUAGACGACACAGAGUUCCGGUACAACGGACAAACUUGUUCCUCUGCUGUACGUAACUCACGCGCCGUCUGCAACGACAAGUACUUUGAGCAGGUCUGCUGCAUGUCUUGUCAACAUGUUUACACUACAGUUCAGGCUUGUCUAGACGACACUGAGUUCCGGUACAACGGACAAACUUGUUCCUCUGCUGUACGUAAUUCCCGCUCCCUCUGCAAGUACUCGGACUUUGCGCAGAUCUGUUGCAAAUCUUGUCACAGUGGAUCUGGAAGCAGCAAGGUGCAGGUUCCUGUUCUCCUGGUCCUGAUGAUCACUUCUUUGGUGGCUGCACGCGUCUCUAUAAAAUAAAAUCGCGUUAGUUAAGUACUUUUAGCAGUAACACUAGAUUUAGAAUGUUUUGUUCAAACAAUUU